AUGCAUCCUGAAGAUAUGGAAAAGACUACGUUUGUCACCAUGUGGUACACAUUUUGCUUCAAGGUGAUGCCAUUUGGGAUAAAGAUUGUAGGGGCAACAUACCAGAGAGUUAUGAUUUUAUUGUCUGAGUUUGAUUUCCAUUAUGUGAGCCAAAAAGCAGUUAAAAGGAGUGCUAUAGCAGAUUUCAUUGUUAGCAGGGCUUCUGAAGAGUAUGAACCACUGAACUUCAAUUUUCCAGAUGAAGAUUUGAUGGCUAUUUCAGCUGAAGAAGCAGUUUGCUCUACUUAUGAACAUUGGAAGUUGAAUUUUGAUGGUGUUUCGAAUGCCUUAGGGCAUGGGAUUUUGGCAAUUUUGGUCUCACCUAGUAUAGGACAUUAUCCUUUCACGAGUCGAUUAAAUUCUGAUUGCACAAACAACAUGAUUGAGUAUGAAGCGUGUAUUUUGGGUCUCAUAGCUGCCAUUGAGCGUAAAGUAAAAACACUAAAAGUGUAUAUGGAUUCAGCUCUGGUAAUUUAUCAACUUAGAUGUGAAUGGAAAAUGAAAGAUCCCAAGUUGGUGGAAUAUCGUAAGUUAGUCCUGGAUAUGAUCAAAGAACUUGAAGAAGUGACAUUCCACUACCUCCCAAUAGAAGAGAAUCAAAUGGAGGAUGCUCUAGCCACUUUGGUAGAAACCUUUAAAGUAAAUGAGUAUUCAAAUAUGAUGACUUUUGAGAAGCAAGCUUAUGAGUAUCCAACCCAUUGCUAUAGCAUAGAAAAGGAAGAUGAUGGAAAUCUUUGGUAUUAUUAUAUCUUGCAAUACAUCAAAUAUCAAAGUUAUCCUGAGUAG